AUGCCUUGUUAUAUAGGGGUCAAGUACUGCAUGUUCUUCCCAGCGGUUAGCCAUAUGCUCACGGCGUGUAGUGUUCUCCUCGCUGCUCUUUGCCUCGUUGUAUUGUCCAAGAAGGGAGGUCUCAGAGGGAGGAACUGGAUUUUGGCCUCCGUGAUAGGGGUUCAGUUCGUCAUAUGCACUGGACAUAUAAUCUCGCUACUUGUUCAACUCAUCCGAGGCUUCAUACAUAUACCCCCACCUCCGACGUCACCGGGAGCUAUCCCUGAUUCCAGCAAGGCUUUGAAUGGCACAGCUCUAUACUUCACUGAUCUUUCCACGCCUGAACACGUUGCUGAGGUUGUUUUCUACAUCAUCAAUAGCUUGAUAGCAGACUGUUUCAUGACCUGGCGAGUGUUUGUCUUCUGGGAUCGCAACUGGUAUCUGGCAGCCCCAUUUGUGCUUCUAAAUACAGUCACGCUGGUAUUCGGCGUAUUGACUAUUCAGGCGACAAGCACGGUCGGCUACCAUAUCAACGCAUACUUCACCGGGAAAGUGCAGAUGCAUAUUGUAACCGUAUGGGCGGUGACUGUCGUGACACAAACAGCUGGGACCCUACUCAUCGUCUGGCGCGAAGUCUCAACCCCUAUUUACGUCUCGCCCUCAAGAAAACGACGCGGUUGCAGUAUGGUGAAAGCACUAUGCCUUGCGGUCGAUUCCGGAGCAGCGUACACCUCGUGCAUCGUUCUUGUGCUCGCAUUCUAUUUGUGCAGUGACCCGGCCGGCGCUGUAGUCGUUGCGAUACUCGGCCAAAUAUCGGCUACUGUUCCUCUCACCAUCAUCUUACGCGAAUGGUGGAAAGUCACCAUGAACAAAGCCAAAGCGUGGCAAGGCCCACUCCUUCCUCACAACACGCUUCUCACGGAGAGCCACGAGCUGGAGAGCCGAAACGCGCUCCAGCUCCCCACCGAUUCCCUAACAACGGACAACGGCGGGAGUGGAGUUCGCAUUAUGAAGUCGACGCAUAUGAGAAGCGACGUGCAUUCUAUCGCGCUUGUGCAGGCCGCCAGCGACGAGGGACCCCUCAAAAGCACACGAAUAGGGUCCUAUCCUAGUAUCUGA